UGUCCAUUAUGGCGGCGGACUUUUAUUUCAUUCUUCUUUUGGUUGUGUGCUGUGUGCAUUUAUAUGUCUGCCCGUUUACCAAAGUAGAAGAAAGUUUUAAUUUGCAGGCAACUCAUGACUUACUCUACCAUGGAAUGAACAUUUCCAAGUAUGAUCAUUUAGAGUUCCCUGGUGUGGUGCCUAGGACAUUUCUUGGACCAAUUGUUGUCUCCUCCCUCGCAUAUCCUGCUGUCAUGAUCCUUAAAUUUGUUGGUUCAUCUAAAUUAUGGUCACAGUAUGUAGUACGAUUUUUUCUUGGUUUGCUUGGUCUUCUUGCCUUUUCAAAGUUCCGCAAAUCAAUCGCAACCAAGUUUGGACAGGAUAUUGGGAAGAUUAUGGUGGUACUCACUGUUACUCAGUUUCAUUUCUUGUUCUACAUUUCAAGACCAUUACCUAAUACCUUUGCACUCAUUUUAGUUCUUUUAGCAUUUCAUUACUGGCUGGAUCAACAUCACGCCAAAUUUGUUUGGAUAUCAGCUUUUGCGAUUAUCAUCUUCCGAUCAGAGUUAUGUAUUUUGCUUGGCCUGAUCCUACUGCUAGAGCUAGUUACAAAACGUCUGACUUUAGGCACUGCAUUUGUCCAUGCAGCAUCAGCAGGUGUCAGUGCUUUGGCUUUGACUGUUUCUGUGGACUCCAUAUUUUGGAGAAGGUUCCUGUGGCCUGAAGGAGAAGUCCUGUGGUAUAAUACUGUCCUCAACAAGAGUUCUAACUGGGGUACCUCACCAUUUCUUUGGUAUUUUUAUUCUGUUCUUCCCAGAUGUUUGAUGUUUGGUUUAGUCUUAGUCCCUCUGGGACUCUGGCGGAACAGGAGAACCUGGGAACUAGCUGCACCAUGUUUAGGCUUUGUGUUUAUGUAUUCAUUUCUUCCUCAUAAAGAAUUGCGGUUUAUUAUUUAUGUUGUCCCUGUGAUGAAUGCAGUGGCUGCAUGUGGUCUGAGCUUUAUACUCAAGAAUGAAUCUAAAUGGCAUCUCUUAGUCUCUGGUGUGGUCAAACUUCUGACCGUGGGGGGACUCCUAGGGAGCUCUCUAGCAACCGUUUUAGCGCUGUAUAUAUCGCAUUUUAACUACUCAGGUGGAGUGGCUCUGCAAAAGCUACAUACGCUGUUAGAGAACUACCCAGAACCUUGUCAUGUUCACAUUUCUGUCGCUGCGGCUCAGACUGGUGUUUCUCGAUUUGGAGAGAUCAAUCCAUCUUGGAGAUAUUCGAAGACAGAAGGUCUGGAAAAAGGCAGCCCGGAUAUGCUGGUUUUCUCGCAUCUUAUAACUGAACCAGAAUGUUACGAGCCGAAGGAGAGUCCGCAUUUUGUUCUAGGAGUGGUGGAGGGACUUGGUGGUAUAGAGAUGGUAGAUAGAAUAUGUAUUUUGGAGAGGAAGAACUGGAGGAAAGCCAAGACAUGAGUCUUUGAUGUUUGCGUUUUAGGCCUAAAAUAAGUAAAGAAUCAGAUUGAAAAUGCAAAAGACUAGCGGCAAAGAAUUAAUAUCAUUGCGUAGAUUGAUAAGUUUUUGAUUAAAUAUAGACUAGGCAUUGAAUUGCUCUCAAAAAGAUAAGUUCCUUAACGCUUGAAGAUAACUUACAGUAUGCAGUCGAAAAGUUGCGAUCCACAUCGGGAAUGACCACAUCUAAAGGAACAAACGGUUACUAUUCAUUACAAACAUUUUAUUCUCCAAAUCAAGAUUAAAAUAUGACAAACUGCUUUCAGCCGCGAAGAUCAAUUCUUUACUUGUUAUCUUAUCUGAGGACAAAGAAAUAAAUAAAGGUUACAAGUUAUGUAUUAAAGAAUAAAAAGUUUCG